GGUUUUCUAAUACUCAUAAUAUAAUUUUUGCUUAGUUUUAGACUAAACAAUGUUGUGUGAAAACAAGAAAAAGACCUAGUUCGUUAAAAUAAAACAUUUUAACCGAACAAUUUGAUUGAGAUUGAAAGCUACAAAAAAGUACAAAACAAACCACUAUUCAGGAACGCCUUUUAAAAAUCUAUGAAACAAUAACGUCUUGUCAAAAAAUCUGAGACUUUCAUGAAAACAUUCCAGCCUUCACAAGAAACUUAAGAAAAUAAAAACUUCGCUCUCUGAGUAACGAAACGCGAAUAAAAUUUUUAACAUUAACAGAAUAUUUUGUGUAGCCGAGCUAAUAGCUUGCGGUCUCGCCUCCUGAAUUACAUUCUCGCAUUCAUUUUGAGAGCCAACUCUUAUAUGUAAGAUAUAUUAUGUAAGAACUCCUUUGAAACCUCCACGAGGUGGCUCACAUGUAAUAAACACCACGAUUUAUAAACCAACUCCAUUUCGUCGUCUAAAUAUUUCUAAAUCCAAUUCCUAAAAAUGUUAUUCGAAAAACUUUACAACGUUAGUUUAUUACUCGUAACGCACCUUUCUUAGCCUCAUAAAAAUACUUCGCACAUAACCUUUUAUCCUGACUGAAACCUUAUUUAUGCUUCAACCACUUUCCGGUAUGCAAAUAAGUCAAAUAAUAAAACCGACACGCCUGGGGACAGGUUUCGUCCGUCACAAACUCAUCUGGACCACAAAUCUAUUAAAAUAAUGGCCGUCUCAUUCAAUUCCAUAGCCUCAUCCUGUAAUGAGUCGGCUGAGCAGGCUGCAAGCACGCUUCACGCGCCGGACAGUCCGAGAGCGACGACGGAGGGAGCCGCACGCGUGUUGCGCAGCGCACCCGAACGCGUGUUUUACGAAAUACGAACGUCGCGGUCUGAAUUUAAAUACAACGCGAAAAUAUAUCCAGUGAGCCUUUCGUUGUGGAAACGUACAAUUAAAUUGGAGUGUGUGUGGAAUUACUAAAAUUAGUUUUUUUUUCCAGUUCUUGUUGAAUGAAUUGUGAAUCCAUUUUUUCUGUUUGAAUAAACUUUGUGAAUUAUUGGUGUGGUUCACCUUGGCCGGUGUCAAUUUGGCUACUAAAAAAUAUUUGUAAACUGGCAGACGCUGACACAGCGGCGGUUUCUUCGGCUGAAGUAAUAAGAUCCAUGCAAUGGUGGUGUCGCAGAGGUGAUGCGGUGGCAGUAGUGUGGUAGCGCGAGGCCGGCGCCUCCCUCGCCCAAUGAGAGCGCGGCGCGGUAGCAUGGAUGGGCCGUAGGAUGCGCCUCACAGCGGCGCCGCUAUACAUAUUCCUUCUCAUCUGUACCUGUGGCUAUGCCUUUAUACCCGGCGUCGAUGGUAAUUAUUCCCAAGAUAACACCCAAAUCAAAGUCCCGAACAAAUCCUCGUUUAAACCAACCCCCCAGAGCAAAGCCCGAAGUUUUACACCCCUAUCUGUUUGUUUUCCUUGCUUAUUUUUGCAUCCAAAAACCUUCGGCUCUCGCGUUUGAGCGAAAAAGAUAAAAAUUGCAAAAUACCGAAAUAUAAACCACCGAUUUGAACUGUACCGAAACAGAUUUAUUGGUUAAUAAUUCUUUCUAGUGUCAGCUGAAUACAGGAUUUUAAAUAGGCGUGACUGUUACACAGAUUGAUAGGACAGUCUGGGAUUUACGGCUGGUUGUGUAAAAUGACGCAAUCUAAAUCCGAUAUUAGCGCGUAAACGUGAACAGCUGAGGCAUUGAACAAGGGGGUUGAAUACAGCGCUAUCUGUGAUGUAAGUCGUAAAGAAAUAUUGCCAUAUCCUGCAGCUUGGUGCGAAGAUAAGGCUAAAGGAAACAUGGAAGAACAUUCAUGGGAAAUUCGGCAACCCUUAGGAAGCCAUUGUUACCCGAGUUUCGCGGAACCGUUCAUGUGUUUACAAGCUUAAUCGUACAUACAGAAACAAACACAGCUAAACGAAUGUUCGUGUUUGACUGGCUAGAAUAAAUAACAGUUUACGCAUGUGUUCUUGUGAUUUUGAUGUCUAUGUUGGGUAAAAAGUUUUGCAGAAUGUUGAACAAUGUAAAUUGUUCUUAUUGUGUGCUUUUGUGAUACGAAAACUAAAAGAUGGAUUAGAAAGACUUUUGUUAGGUUUUUCCCCCUAAUUUUGUUGUUGAUGUAUAGUCAAAGCUUGCAAUCUUGCUGCUUCGUAGCCCACCGAUGGACAAAGAUAUCUAAUGAGUAUAGUUUCUUUAACUCAGCUUUUAAUAUCGUAUUAUUUGUUUACUCAGGUCCCGUAUCGAACGUGGAGACGUUGGAAGGCGGCAACGUCACCCUGUUCUGUGACUCCACCCCUGACUCCGCCGAUGACGAGUUUAUGAUAUUAGUUUGGUACAAGAAUAAUAUGCCCAUUUACAGCUUCGAGAUCCCUAACAAGCAAUGGUCGGAGCCGUCGUUCAACACGAGCUCUCGUCUCCAGGCCGACAUCAGGUCCCAGCCGACCGCCGUCACGAUCUCCUCGCUCUCCGAGGAGGACCAGGCCAUGUACCACUGUCGCGUGGACUUCAGGCUCUCCCCCACCAGGAAUGUCGGCAUCAAUGUUACUGUUGUUGUACUUCCGAGUCCUCCAUUCUUCAUGGAUGAGAUGAGUAACAAGGUGACCGGCAGGGUGGGGCCCUAUCACGACGGAGACACCCUGGUUCUACGAUGUCUAGUUAUUGGAGGUCGUCCACCACCACGAAUAAGCUGGUACUCCGGCGACACCAUGGUGGACGCAUCAGAUGGAGACAGCGAGAUCCCAGCCGUGAGGGAGAACGAGCUGUACCUGCCUCUGACCAGGGACAACGCUGCGGCACUCUCCUGCAGAGCCCAGAACACAGAACUAGCGCCGCCUAUAGUAGCUGUGCUGGAAGUUGAACUUUAUUUACCAGCAUACAACGUGUCAAUCCACUGGGUUCGCGGCACGGUGGGGGACGCCCUCCGCGCCGGCAGCCCUGCGCUUGCGCACUGCACGGCGCGCGGCUCGUACCCGCAGCCGGAGCUAUCCUGGUGGCUUGAUAGAAAGCACCUCACUCAUCAUAGUAAUCAGAGCUGGUUCAACUCGUCGCUAACGGCGAUAUCAUUUUUGGAGUUAAAUCCCGCGGUGGGCGACAACGGUGCGACGCUCGCUUGCGUCGCGACGAACCCGGUAAUGGCGCCCAACAGGGGUUCCAACGCCGACGUCAUAACUUUGAAUGUUACAUAUAGUCCUAUGGUGGAUAUAAUGAAGCUUGGUGACGGGAAGCUGAACGACGUGGUGGAGCUGGACCCGCUCCAGCUGAAAUGUGAUAUCAAGGCCAACCCGCCGCUCGAAAGGAUCCGCUGGUAUUUUAACGAUAUUGAAAUUAAGGCUGGGGGCAUUUGGGGUGAUGAUAUCUCCUCAGAGAAACUCUUCGUAGAGGAAGCGACGCGUGCGCACGCCGGACGGUACUCCUGCGCGGCAGAAAACGCGAUGGGAGAAACUAGAUCCGACACCAUUGUUAUUACGGUAUUCUAUCCACCAGAAUGCACUGGCCACGGCAUCAGACUCGUCAAGGAGUCUUUACACUGCUACGUCAAAGCUCUACCUAUCCCGGACACAUUCUUUUGGCACCUACAGCCUUCUGGCUUCGAAGUCCAACACUUAACAACAGGAUCCCCAAUCUUACCUCUGGACCAGAUAACGGGCCCUUUGGGAGACACCUUAAGGGCCAGUUGUGAGGCCAAUAAUGACGUGGCCUCUCAGGAAGAGGCGUGUGACAGAACCUUCACGUUUGAACAUCUGAGGCCGCAGCAGCCCCAGCAAUGUGAUAUAGCUUAUGAAUUUGGAGAGUUCCAGAUGAGAUGUGUUCCAGUUGAAAACGCAACAUACUACGAAGUGUCAGUGUGGCGUAUGUCCGAGAGCAACGCUUCCCUAGUGUUAGAGCGACGCGCGAGCAUGGGGUUCGGUGGGGGGCGCGCGCUGGCGGCCGGGGGCGCGGGGGGCGCGGGCGCGGGGGCGCGGGGCCCUGCUCCCCGAGCCGCGCUGGGCCGCGUGCGCCGCGGGGACGAGGCGGGGGCGCGCGCCUGUAACCGCUACGGCUGCUCGCGGCCGCUGCUGCUGAGGCCGUCCGAUACGUUGCUGCGUGCUGCUGACCCGCCUUGGUGGCAUGUUUUCUUAGAAAAAGACGUGGGCAUAUCAAUAGGAGCCGUGAUCUUGGUGGCUGUGUUCAUAAUAUCGUCGGUGUUGUUGUUACGGCUCGCGAGGAGGCCGCGACGCAAGCCGCCUGUGAUACAGGUGCUACAGCUUGACGACGUCGCCAGGAACUACCUCGAUAAUAUUGCAGAGCACAAGGUCCGAGCCUCAUGCAGCCUCCGCUCGUGCAGCAGCGGCUACUCAGACGCGUCAGUGGAGUCGGCGGGGGCGCGCCGCAAGCCCUGGGAGCGCUGGGAGCCCCCGCCCCCUGACGUCACACUCACGCUGCACCGAGAGAGCGCCGUCUGACUGGAACCGGACGAGGAGACAGGAACACUCAGGAUAGAGGAAGAAAGCUUCGUCUGAGUGAACUGCCCUCGUGAACAUUCAAUCAUAAAGUAAGAGAAUCGAGCAUGUCUCGCUUGUGGACUUUGUAAUCCAGGGCAAAAAGCCUGGGAGCUAUAAAAAAAAUAAGUUUGAUUGCCAUUUGUUGUGACGUCAUCUUGUAAUUUUCAAUGAAUGAUAUUUCUGUAACGUUAGCACUCUGAGAAACUGUCAAAUGUAUAAAUGUUACGGUAGUUAUCGAAAAUGAAUACGCAUUUGUGUGAAGUUUUCUGUCGAGUUUAACGCUUGUAGAAAUAUCAUUUAUCGAGAGUUGGUUGACUUAAAUACGUGAAGAUAUAUGAUUUUGAGACGAGUAUUCACAUCUCGAAUUUAAAAUUUAACAAGAUUUAAUUAGUUAUUCGAAGUUUGGAAUGCCAACGUAACGUGACUUGCUGUAAAAAAAUAAUACGAAAAAAUCCUAAAAUGGAUUGUUACUGUUUAUAUCGACUGAUUGUGAAAACAUGUAUGAUACACAUACUAAAUUCAGUUUUAACUGAAAUUAUAUCUGAUUAUGCAAAGAAAAAUGGAUGUUAUUAGGAUUAAUCUGUUGUAAAAUAAACGGUAAUUGAAUGUCACUGCCGCGCUGUACAGAUAAAAAAUGUCGACUCAGAAGUAUGUUGAGAAAUCUGUUAUAAUGUAUUAAAAAUCUGAUCAUAUAUGUAAAGAAAUUACUAUGACAACUGAUGCUCUCUGUAAGUAUAAGCUUCGCAAAUCAUUGUUAAUACUUUACAAUAUUUUAUGGUUUAAAAAACCAAAAAUGUGUGCUUGAAAAAGAUCGCAUUAUAAAAUUGACUGAAAGUACGAUAAAUAUCUAUUAAAGAAAACCGACUUCAUGGACGAGUUACAUUUACGGGACAAGUUGCGCAUGUCACAUAAAUUUAUGGAAUUUAUUGGAAAUGACAUUUCUUUAAUCUGUUCCAGACAUUUUAAUCAUAUUUAGAAAUGUAACUACUCUACGUAGUCUGUAAAGAAACAGAUUAAAAAAAUAUAUUUACUUAUAAUACAUGCUAAAAGCAAAUAUAUUGUACCUGAUGGUUAUAAUGCGAUCAAGGCCUAAAUACUAUAUUUUCUCUGUUGAAAACUUGUAAACGUGCAAAGAGGAUGUACGUGCACGGAAAACAUUUUCUACUUUGCCAAUUUUGAAAACAUGUGAUGUAUAGAUUUUAUAUUAUAAAUACUGUUUUCAGCCUCUGAAAAAUGCCCUUCAAACAAAUCUUUGUCGUAUAUGAAGGAUCUUAAUCCAUGGCAUUCAAUCUAUGCUAGUUCCAAAAAAAGAUAGAGAUAAAAUUAUUUAACCGGAAUCUUCCGAAAAUACUCGGGACAGUAUUCUGUAUAACAUUAUCUCAAAGUUGCUGUGAUAUAUGAGUAUUGCCCAGGUUCCAUUAUCAAGGAUAGUCACUAUUACUUGCAGAAAACCCUAAUAGUAUCUUGUGAGAAAUGAAUUUCAUCUCUUACAUAGGAACUAGUAUAUUUCGAUUGUCAAAAGAGGCAUCAGUCUUCACUAAAACUAUCUUCUUUAAUAGUUACAUAGACAAAUGCAUUUAUUACUUUAUGUAUAACGCUACACCCAUCACAAGUAUACCCCAUACGUCUGUGCCAUGAACCCCAAAAAGGCUCCAACGAAUAAAAACAGGCUUUAAAUUAUAUGAUUGUUUAUUACUUAAAGCUUAUAAUUAGACAUGUAAUUAAGUAAAUCUAAUAAUAAAUAUUUAAAACUA